UGUCCCACUGCUUCCAGAGAUCUCACUCCUUCCGGUCCGCCCUUGCUCUGCUGUCUUCAGCUCUCCACAUUGGGUCUUUCAACCUCAACCUCAGUGUCCUCUCAUCUAAAAAGGUUUCCUAAAAGACAGAAAAAUGGAGGAAUCAGUAAACCAAAAGCAACCAUUGAAUGAGAAGCAGAUAACCAAUUCUGAAGAUGGAUAUGUAUGGCAAGUCACCGAUAUGAAUCGACUGCACCGGUUCUUGUGUUUUGGUUCUGAAGGUGGGACUUACUAUAUCAAAGAACAGAAGUUGGGCCUUGAAAAUGCAGAAGCUUUAAUUAGAUUGAUUGAAGAUGGCAGAGGAUGUGAAGUGAUACAGGAAAUAAAGUCAUUUAGUCAAGAAGGCAGAACCGCAAAGCAGGAGCCUACGCUCUUUGCACUUGCCAUUUGUUCCCAAUGUUCUGACAUAAGCACAAAACAGGCAGCGUUUAAAGCUGUGUCUGAAGUUUGUCGCAUUCCUACACAUCUCUUUACUUUUAUCCAGUUUAAGAAAGAUCUGAAGGAAAGCAUGAAAUGUGGCAUGUGGGGUCGUGCCCUCCGGAAGGCUAUUGCAGACUGGUACAAUGAAAAAGGGGGCAUGGCCCUUGCUCUGGCAGUUACAAAAUAUAAGCAAAGAAAUGGCUGGUCUCACAAAGAUCUGUUAAGAUUGUCACAUCUUAAGCCUUCCAGUGAAGGACUUGCUAUUGUGACCAAAUAUAUUACAAAGGGCUGGAAAGAGGUCCAUGAAUUAUAUAAAGAAAAAGCACUUUCUGUGGAGACUGAAAAGUUAUUAAAGUAUCUGGAGGCUGUAGAGAAAGUGAAGCACACAAAAGAUGAGCUGGAAGUCAUUCAUCUAAUAGAAGAGCAUAGAUUAGUUAGGGAACAUCUUCUAACAAAUCACUUAAAGUCUAAAGAGAUAUGGAAGGCUUUGUUACAAGAAAUGCCUCUUACUGCAUUACUAAGAAAUCUAGGAAAGAUGACUGCCAAUUCAGUGCUUGAACCAGGAAAUUCAGAAGUAUCUUUAGUAUGUGAAAAACUGUGUAACGAAAAACUGUUGAAAAAGGCUCGUAUACAUCCAUUUCAUGUUUUAAUUGCAUUAGAAACUUAUAAAAUAGGGCAUGGGCUCAGAGGAAAACUGAAGUGGUGCCCUGAUGAAGACAUUCUGACAGCUUUGGAUGCCGCUUUUUAUAAAACGUUUAAGACAGUUGAGCCAACUGGAAAGCGUUUCCUGCUGGCUGUUGAUGUCAGUGCUUCUAUGAACCAAAGAGUUUUGGGCAGUGUGCUCAACGCUAGCACAGUGGCUGCAGCCAUGUGCAUGGUUGUCACACGAACAGAAAAAGAUUCUUAUGUAGUUGCUUUUUCAGAUGAAAUGGUACCAUGUCCAGUGACUACAGAUAUGACCUUACCACAGGUCUUAAUGGUUAUGAAUCAGAUCCCAGCAGGUGGAACUGACUGCUCUCUUCCAAUGAUCUGGGCUCAAAAGACAAAUACAGCUGCUGAUGUCUUCAUUGUGUUCACUGAUAAUGAGACCUUUGCUGGAAGUGUCCAUCCAGCUCUUGCUCUGAGGGAGUAUCGAAAGAAGAUGGGUAUUCCAGCUAAAUUGAUUGUUUGUGGAAUGACAUCAAAUGGUUUUACCAUUGCAGACCCAGAUGAUAGAGGCAUGUUGGAUAUGUGUGGCUUUGAUACUGGAGCUCUGGAUGUAAUUCGAAAUUUCACAUUAGAUGUGAUUUAACCAUAAGCACCAGCAUGAGCUAAGAGGUCCGUUGCCAUCAGUGAUCUCACUAAAAAUACGAAGCUACUUCCCAGCUAAUCUUAAUCCAAUGAAAGAUGAUAAAAUGAUGGUAUAGUAUGUGCAUAAUGGAAAGUUUACCUUACCAAAAAAAAAAGAAAGGAAAAAUCAGAUGAGCCCAAAGUUCUUUCUGCCUACUAAACUAGCUCUUGGGAAAUAGCUUCAGAAUACACUGUAGCUCCCUCUAUCUAAUAGAGAACUUCUUAUUGAUAGAGACUGUAAAUAGUCAAACAGUUUUGCUUUGCAUAACAAUCACAUUUGUACUUAAAAGAAGUGAGAGCCAAAAGUGUAAGUAGUUUCAUAUCAUGUCACUUGUUUCAGAAGUGCUUCCAGUUUUCUUAAAUGUUUUCAUUGGGAAAGGACAGCUUUGAUAAUGUCCAUAUACUCUGAAAUGCACUGGACCAUUUAACUGUGAUGGAAUAUGAAACUCAUCUGUAAACUUUUAUACCAAGGAGGUAAAAAAAAAAAAAAAAAAGAAGAUGUUUGAUUAAAUUAUGAGUGAGUUUUACAAAUUCCAUUAAGAGUUUUCUAAGAUCACAUAAAUAGCAGCUUUCUUAAUUCAGUGAAAAAGAUAUUUUGUUUCUGAUGUCUUGUUUACACUUGAUUGUUACCAUUAACUAGAAACAUAAUGGAAACCCCUGAGAAAAGACUCUAAAGUUUAUGUCAGCUGAGGAAGUCUAUUUGGUUUGCUUUUUGUUUGUUUGUUUUGGUGUAUUUUAUUGCUGUGAGUGAGGGGCGUGACUUGACAGUUUCCUCUGAAUUAUAACAGCAUAACCUCAGGUAGUCACACUUUCUUUUUUUCAUACUCUUAAAUGAAAACAACAUAAAAUAUUUCAAGCAUUUAACUCCGCUCGUAAUCUGAAAGUAUGACAAUUAAAAUCUCAACUGUAAGCAGAUUAGCUUUUUCCUUACUUUAAAAUAAAUAUUGUUCUAAUUACUUUUAACUAUUUUUUUUAGCCAAUUAUAAAUGGGUUUUAGAUAUUUUCUAAUUGUAAGCAUGUCAGUGGCCUCCUAUGUCUUUGUCCAUUAUUCAUUGUGGCAAAACAUUCUUUUUUGAUAGUAUAAAAAAAUAAUAAAGCAAGGUAGGUCUUUCAGGUUUGAAAGGCAGUUUUUGAGUAGCAUAGUUACCACUAACGAGUCUCUAAGAAAUGAUUUAUUUCUAUUUUAUUCGUGUAUAUUAAACUUUCUUUUCACUACACUAAAGUGCAUUUUGUUGAGCAAAGAUCCCUUUGUGGGGAGGUUUAACUUUUGAAAUGCCAGUAUCUGCUCAUAAUUAUAUCAUGGUUGUCUAAGAUAGCUUACACAUAAAACUUCAGCUUUUAUGUAUUCUUUAAAUAUUAAUUAGGGAUUUACUGGGGAUUUAUGAAGCCCUUUUCACUGUUAUGUGAAAAGUCAAACUAGUAAGUGUAAAUUAUGGAUAUUUACAUGCUUGGAAGGGUUAGAGGUUUUAUGUUUUGUGGGGAAGGGGGACUUUAGUAGUGUUAGAAUUUGUGUAGAUAUUUUCUUCUGUUUCAUGGGAAAUUUGGGCUCUAGGAGUGACAAGAAAAUGCUCCUUUCAAAGUUAUUUGACAGAUUUAUGCUGGCUCCAAUAUGUAGCCAUUCCUUCAAGGCUAGCAAUUUGUAAAUGUUGUGAUUUACCUGAGAACUUUUUGGUCAGCAAAGCUAAUAGCACCCCUCCACCCCCACCCAAAAUACAUUGCUUCUGAUGUCAUUCUGUUUUUAACCCUCUGUCAAGCAUUGGAUAUAAUGUGUUAGCUACUUUUGAUACAUUAAAAUAUUACGUUCAGGUUGAAUUUAAAGUUUAAACAACCUAAUAGAAUUAAGUUCUCGUUUUUGAAUUCUUUAAGUAAACCAAGAUCUUAAAAGUUAUAACAUGAUCUAAUUUUUUAUUCCUAAUAGAAAUGUUUAAUGGAAUAUAGUAUAAGUUUAUUUCCCUCAGUUAUGUACUAUCUCUGUAGUGGUUUUAAACAGAUAUAUUCACAAGCGAAUAUUAAAUCCAUCAGAGAAAUCAGAUUAGAUGUGACCUUUUUGAAGUAUUUAGGUAAGUCUCAUUAAAUAGAUUAGGGUGAGAUUUAAGAAAGAAGAAAAAGAAUACUAAAAGGAGCCACCCCAGAAAGUAACUUUAUUUUCAAAUCAUGGAAUUUUAGAGCUGGAAGAAACCUCUGAAAUUUAAAAGGUAAUUUUUUAAUUUAGGGAUCCGAGGUCUAAGAGAGUGUGGCUUUGGAGCACUAGAUCUAGAAAUCUUGGUCUCUUCGUUCCCAUCCCAGUGUUCAUUUCUCCACAAAAUGGAAAACACUGACUCCCAAGAGUAGGGGAUAAAAUAGUUACUCAGACUUUUAUCUUUCUAGGUAUUAGGAAGUAGUCUAUAUACAUGAUUGCUUUGGGAGUAGAAAAACAGAGAAAUUGUGAACAUGUAGACUUCUGCAGUUCAUAGUAAUCCCCAAGCACAAUUAACAUCUUAAUAACCUGUGUUCCUAUAUAACAUACUCCUAUAGAAAAAAUAAAAAACUUACCUCAUUAUGAAUAAAAUGUACUCAAGUGAUAAAGAA